AUGAGCCGAAUCAACACACGCCCAGAUCGGGAGGCAAAUGAGACCCUUGAAAGCGAGGGGCCACUGCUGGUGGUGGCAGCAGGGAGGGACACAGCGGCAGCAGCAGCGGAGGUGAAGCGCCUAGCGCCCAGCUCCACCCUUGCCGUGCAAAUACAACACCCCAGAAACGACCUCCACCAGUACGACCUGGUGGUGGCGCCUCUGCACGACUUCUACGGGCUCACAGCAGCAGCCAGCAGGGAGGUGCCUUCGUGGAUUCUCAAGUGGAUCGCCCCUGCUCCGCCCGCCAAGAACGUGGUGUUGACAACUGGCGCGUUGCAUAUAGCAGAGCCAUCUCUCCUCCGCUCAGCAGCUGCCACGUGGCACUCUCUCAGUGACUUUCCCAAGCCACUCGUUGUCGUCAACAUUGGUGGUCCCACCCGUCACUGUAGCUACCGCCCAGAUUUGAUUGCACAGCUGGCAAGGACACUCAAGGAGAUGCUGCAAGAGUGCCAGGGGUCUCUCAGCGUGUCCUUCUCCAGAAGAACGCCAGCAGCGAUGCAGCGAGUGCUGCAGCAGGAGCUAAAGGGCCAGGAUGCGGUUUACAUUUGGGAUGGUCAAGGCCUGGACCCCCACUUGGGCAACCUCGCUUGGGCUGACGCGUUCAUAAUCACAGCGGACUCUGUCAGCAUGAUCAGUGAAGCGUGCUCCACAGGCAAGCCGGUGUACGUGGUAGGCGGGGAGCACUGCAAGUGGAAGAUAGCCGAGUUUCACCGGACCCUCCAACGCAGGGGAGCCAUUCGGCCUUUCAACAGCUCUGUCAAUCUUGCAAGCACAUGGAGCUACCCACCGUUGACAGACAAUGUGGACGUUGCAACACGAGUCCGCGCGGAAGUGGCCAAGCAUGGAUGGGUCUUACACCCCCCUAGAUACCUAGAUAUUUCUAAAACUAUAUAG